UUAUGUGUAGUUGGAAGUACCUAUGAAUCAUGAAUCUAAUAUUUUUGUUGAAGUUAAAUGGCUUCAUUUUAAAACAUGCGUUUGGUAUAAUGUUGGUCUAAAAACACCAUUAUUGAUAUCUCCGAGUCUUGAAGAGACAUCAACUGACCUUUGCUCUCCCAUCUCAAAAAAAAAAAAAAAAAAAAAAAAAAGAAAAAAAAAAAAAGAGAUAAAUAUAUAAAAUAGAAGUAUGACUGUAGGAGGGAUUGAAUUUUGGCGUCUACUGAUUGAAUACUGAAACUUCACACCUCAUUACACUCGAAGACCACCUUCAUUUUCUCAACUCUUUUCAUUUCAUUCCUUCGUCAUUCGUCUUCUUUCUUUCUCGACUUUCUCCCAUUUGAUUUCAUGAUUUGAGGGUUGGUGUGCAAUGGCGAGCGAAUCACCCCCAUCAAAUCCCUCCGACAACAACCCCCCUAAUUCAGCUCCGGAACCUGCACAAGCAGUCGAGAAUAAACCCCCAGCAACAUCAGAGCUUCCUGCAGAAAAUUCAUCAAAAACUGUAUUUGUAAAUUCUCAACCUAUACGAGAGGAUCAGGUUCAGAAUGCUAUCAAUUUCCUCUCUCACCCAAGAGUUAAAGGAUCUCCUGUGAUUCACCGGAGAAAUUUUCUCGAGAAGAAAGGUCUCACAAAAGAGGAAAUCGAUGAAGCAUUCCGCCGUGUACCUGACCCAUCUCCUGCUGUUGCCAGUGGUCAAAGUAGCACAAAUCAAGUUGCACAGCCAACUCCUGCAACGAAUAUUCAAGCUCAAGUCCCUAUGCAAGCUGUGCAGCCGGUGGCUCCAGUUCAAUCUGGUGUCAUGUCAACAAUGGCUAGAAGAUUCCACUGGUCGCAUGCGGUGCUUGCUAUAGGAUUUCUGGCCAUAUCUGGUGCUGGAACAGCUAUAGUAUUUAAAAAUUCUGUCAUUCCUAAGCUGAAGUCUUGGAUUCGUGGGGUUGUUAUGGAUGAUGAUACCAAUGAAGAGGAAACAGAUAAAAAACCGAGUUUGGCUGAAGAAGCUGCGGCAGCUGCAAAAGAAGCUGCGGCAGCUGCAAAAGAAGCUGCGGCAGCUGCAAAAGCAGCUGCUGCUGCAGCGGCUGAUGUUGCAAAGACCAGUCAAGAAAUGGUGAUCUCAAAGAAUGAAGAAAAGAAACACUUUGCGGAUUUCAGAUCAAUGAUAAGUGAAAUGACAGGAUUAGAAGGGCAAUCACACAGUGGUGGGAGAAGCAAUGUCAGGGAAGGAUACCUAGAAGAUGGCUCUAAAGCGCGUUCAGUGCAACCAAUGGACAGGAAUUCUGAAUAUGACAUGCGAUCAGUGAGGUCGGUUUCACCACCUGCAUCAGCUGAGCCUCCUCAUCCAAAAUCCUAUGGGGAGAUCAUGGCUAUGGUGCAGAGAGGGGAAAGACCACCUAAUGUCAGAGAAAUUGAUGAUCGACCCCCAAAUCCUAAUCAACCUAUAUCAAACCCAAAUCUGGCUCCUAGAGUUAAGCCUUGGGAAGGUGGUCUGCCUCCUAACAACGACAAUUCUACGCCUUGGUAUGAUACCUGGUGGAAGCAAAAAGAUAGAAUAGCUGAAUUUAAAAAGAUAGAGAGUGAGCAGUUAGGCUCGGGGUCCAGUGGUGCUGUAAAUGUUGGUCCAGCUCAACGCAGGUGGGUCCCACCUCAACCUCCAUCUGUAUCAAUGCCAGAAGCAGCUGCAGCCAUUCGACAGGCUAAAUCAAUUCCAAAGGACUUUAAUCUGAGGGCUGACGAAGCACCACAGCCUGUGGAGGGGCUUGAUGAGUUGCAGAGAGCUACACAGAUGUCUGAAUCUGGUGGUCAUUUAGAUUUGACCCUAGGAGGGGGAAGCUCAGAAACAUACUCUAGUGAGAUUCAAGAAGAAGAGCAAAUUACUGAGAUGUGAAUAGAGAAGCAAACAGACGGAUUCUAAAUCUUACCUUAUUCAUAUGUCUCAAGUGCUUUAUAUGUAAUGUGGAGCACAGAGUACAUCAAGAAUAACAGAUUGGUGACUACCAAGUAAUUAGUAUACUGAUGUAUCCACAGUAUCGGGUUAUGCAUUCUUUAGUAUAGUUCAAAGAUUUCCAGUGGAACAUCUUCGUUGCAGUCACUCUACGAUACGAAAUAAAGAGAUAAUAUGCACUUGGAUUGAUUCCUCUUGGUUUUAGAUGGAUGACCAAAUGUGAGUCGAUUUUAUGAUGAGCAAAUCAUCCGGUUAUCAUCUUUUUAGGACAAUUCCAUUGUACCAAUGUAUGUCAGGACUAUAACUUGGCUCCUAGAAUUGUCUCUUCAUUGCCUUUACUUCAAUUGAUUGUGGCUUGUCUAGGAUCUAAAUUCUUAGGAGGACACGGGCUCAAGUAAAUUGUUAAUAAUGAAUCGAUAUAUGUCUUGAACGAAUUAAUCAAAAAGCUUCAUAGAAUCAUAGUCGAUUAUUUGUCAAAUU